CAUUUCUCUCAAAACAAAUCCACCAUUUCUGAGCUUCCAAAACUCAAUUCCUCACACACCCAUUUGCCUAAAACCUCUCCAAAUCACUUUAAAUUUAUUGAAUUCUGCUGAAUUUUGAAAAGAAAAAAAAAAUCCCCCUCAUUUCUGAGCUUCAAAACAUCUCCAAAUCACUAUCAAUUUAUUGAAUUCAGCUGAUUAUUUUUUUUUUCAAAAAUCCUCAAAUGGGCAUGAACACCAUCACCAUGGGGUCAGUGACUCAAUCCCACUACCACACCCACAAGGUCUUCCUCUUCUGCAACUACAUUCUCCUUGGUGCAGCCUCCAGUUGCAUCUUCCUCACUCUUUCUCUCCGGCUCUUCCCGUCUAUAUGCGGCUUCCUCCUAAUCCUCCUCCACAUUUUCACCAUAUCCGGAGCAGUCUCCGGCUGUGCAGCGGCCGGCUCAUCGAGGACUAGCCGGUGGUAUGCAGCUCACAUGGUGGCAACAGUGCUCACAGCGAUACUCCAAGGGUCGGUUUCCGUGCUGAUCUUCACGAGAACCGGGGAUUUCCUUGGCCAGUUGAAGUCCUAUGUGAGGGAAGAGGAUGGUGCUGUGAUACUGAAGUUGGCUGGUGGGCUGUGUGUGCUGAUAUUUUGCUUGGAAUGGGUGGUCUUGACACUUGCAUUUUUCUUGAAGUACUAUGCUUAUGUUGAAGGUGAUAAUGUUGGGGCUAAUAGCUAUGCUAUGAGGAAGAGUGCCAAGGUGGGACAAGAGGAGGACUUGAAGGAUUGGCCAUGGCCUUUCCAAGUCUAAAUAUUGAUACUUUGGCUAUGGAAUUGUCGUGCCACCACUGUGUGCCAUCUCUACUUUGCGGCAUAAUAUUUCAUUAUUCGUUGAUUCAUUGGAGUGAUUAUGAUAAUGUGUUUAUAUAUAUUUGUGUGUAUGUGUGUUUUUGCAAUAUUGAUGUAGUAAAAAUUUAUCUUCAAAGUCUUUUCA